AUGCUUGUUUUCAUCCGUCACCAGAACCACCACGUGUCACGAAUCUCUACGGCGGUGGAAGCCACAAAGAGGUUGUGCAGGGUAGGGAUGGGACCCAAAGGGACGCACGGUUCCAGUGGAGGAGGAGGAAAAGGAGGAGAUGGAGAGCAGUGGCGGAGAUCCAAAAGACGUCAACAUCUCUUGCUUGACUCUGCUGAACAAGAGGCGGUGGAUCAAAAUGGUUUACUCGUUGAAAGAGAGAAUUCAGAGAGACGAGGCAAAACACAUCGAGGUUCUGUUAUCGGUCGUGCAUACAUUGAUCGUGAUCGUAAGACAGGCCAUGAAAACUUGGUGCGUGAUUACUUCUCUCCAACUCCGACAUUUCCUCAUAGGGUAUUUCGAAGACGAUUCCGCAUGAGUCAAAAAUUAUUUCUUCGCAUCCAUGAUGCUGUUGUGUCUUAUGAUGACUACUUUGUGCAAUCUCGAAAUGCAGCACACACAGAGGGCUUAUCUUCACUACAGAAAGUGACUGCAGCCCUCAGAAUGUUGUGUUAUGGAGUUUCUGGUGAUAUGAUGGAUGAAUAUAUUCGGCUUGCGGAGAGCACAGCAAAUGAGGCUAUGAAAAAUUUUAUUGCGGCAGUGAUUACUAUUUUCGGUGAUAAGUACUUAAGGUCGCCUACUUCCAAUGACAUAGCUCGUUUACUUAAACUCCAUGAGUCACGUGGAUUCCCAGGAAUGCUUGGCAGUAUCGAUUGUAUGCACUGGACAUGGAAAAAUUGUCCAAGCAGAUGGAAAGGUCACUAUUCCGGCCAUUGUGGUGAUGCAACAGUGAUAUUAGAGGCAGUAGCUUCACGUGAUCUUUGGAUAUGGCAUUCUUUCUUUGGCCUUCCAGGCUCACUCAAUGACAUCAACGUGCUUGAACGUUCUCCUGUCUUCACCGAUCUUAUUAAUGGUCGUGCUCCACCAGUGAAUUUUGUCAUCAAUAAUCAUCAAUAUGAUAUGGGGUAUUAUCUGGCAGAUGGUAUCUACCCGCAAUGGUCAACAAUUGUAAAGUCAAUCCAUAUGCCACAAACUCAAAAGGCACAAAAUUAUGCAAAAGCUCAAGAGUCUGCAAGAAAAGAUGUUGAACGGGCUUUUGGAGUUCUCCAAGCUCGUUUCCAUAUCAUUCGUCAACCUUGCAGGUUUUUCAAAACAGCAACAAUGAAGAACAUCAUGAAGGCAUGUGUUAUAAUGCAUAACAUGAUUGUAGAAGAAGAGCGUGACCUAUACAAAUCAUUAGAGAAAGGUAACUAUUAUUUAUUUGAAGAAGUUUCUGAUAUAUCACUGGCUCGUGAGUAUGAAGAUUUUGAUUAUGACCAAUUCAUUAAGGGACGUCAGAAGUUAAAAGAUAAGACUCAACACCGUCGUCUUCAAGCCGACUUAAUUGAGCAUCUAUGGGAGAGGCAUGGAAAUAUUGAGUACUAG